AUGAAGCGCUUCUAUCACGAGACUCGGUCACCUGACAGGCUUCGCCGCACACUCGGUGUGUCUGAGGUAGAUCCGGCUGCUGUUGAAGAUGUCGGAGGAGAGGGACCCCGCAGCGCUGGAGGCGGAGGACGAUCUGUUCGUCAGCGCGAUGGAGUCUCCAGAAGCGGCUCGUCUGUCUGCAGAAGACAUCAGCCCCAGCUCUAACGGACCCAAGGCCGAGCCCGUGCUGCUGGACGACGACCCCGACGACCCCGACGACCUCUUCGCUGAGAUCGAUGAAGAUGAAGAGGAAAGCAGGGACACGUUUGACAUCCAGAUCUCGGUUUCUGACCCUGAGAAAGUUGGUGACGGCAUGAAUGCGUACAUGGUCUAUAAAGUGUUGACCAAAACCAGUCUGUCUAUAUUCAGCAGAGACGAGGUCUGCGUCAAGAGGCGCUUCAGUGAUUUUCUGGGUUUGCACAGUAAAUUAGCCUCCAAGUACAUGCACAUGGGCUACAUCGUUCCUCCUGCGCCUGAGAAGAGCAUUGUGGGAAUGACGAAGGUCAAAGUGGGGAAAGAGGAUCUGUCAUCAGUGGAGUUUGUAGAGAAGAGAAGAUCUGCUUUGGAAAGGUAUCUGCUGAGGACCGUUAAACACCCAGCGCUGCUCAAAGACCCCGAUGUCCUGCAGUUUCUGGAGAGUUCAGAGCUGCCGCGAGCGGUUAGCACACAGGCGCUGAGUGGGGCCGGAAUAUUGAGGAUGGUAAACAAAGCGGCCGACGCUGUCAACAAAAUGACAAUCAAGAUGAAUGAAUCGGAUGCGUGGUUUGAGGAGAAACAGCAGCAGUUUGACAAUCUGGACGUUCAGCUCAGAAAACUUCACGCUAGUGUGGAAUCACUGGUGUGUCACAGGAGGGAGUUGUCUGUGAACACGGCGUCGUUCGCUAAAAGCGCAGCUAUGCUGGGAAACUCGGAGGAUCACACGGCGCUGUCGCGAGCUCUGUCCCAGCUGGCCGAGGUGGAGGAGAAGAUCGACCAGCUGCAUCAGGAUCAGGCCUGCGCUGAUUUCUACCUGAUCUCAGAGCUGCUGGGAGACUAUGUGCGGCUCAUCACCGCCGUUAAAGGCGUGUUUGACCAGCGGAUGAAAACAUGGGCCAAAUGCCAGGAUGCUCAGGUGAUGCUGCAGCGCAAGAGAGAAGCCGAAGCCAAACUACAGCACGCCAACAAACCCGACAAACUGCAGCAGGCCAAAGACGAGAUCAGAGAGUGGGAAGGUAAAGUGCAGCAGGGUGAAAGAGAUUUUGAGCAGAUAUCCAAAAACAUCCGUCGAGAGGUUGGACGAUUCGAGAAAGACCGAGUGAAAGAUUUCAGAGUCGUCAUCAUUAAAUAUCUGGAGUCACUAGUUCACACACAGCAGCAGCUGAUAAAAUACUGGGAGGCGUUCUUACCUGAAGCCAAAGCGAUCGCGUAAUUCAUCAAAUCCGUCUCUCUCUAUUCCGCAGUAUGAUCAUGCAAGAAAAAGCUGCACAGACUUAAUGAUAA